AUGACAGCCAAUACAGCCUCUCUGCCCCAUGCCCAGCCUUACACAGGUACUGAUACAAUUAUUGUCGGCAAUGGGAAUCAAUUAGCAAUCACCCAUAUUGGCAAUACUAAAUUGACAGGAUUGGAUAAGUCCUUAAACCUUAAUGAAGUAUUGUGUGUUCCUGCGAUACGAAAGAAUUUGAUAUCUAUCCGUCGUUUUUGUCGUGAUAAUGACUGUUUCUUUGAGUUGGAUGCUAAUGGUUUUAAUGUGAAGGUCAUCAAGACGGGGACAGUACUCCUUACUGGCAAUAGUUCUGAUGGCCUUUAUCACAUUCAGGCAGCCCCACACAUUGCUCAUCAGUUUGCAUUCUAUGGAGAGCGCACGACACAGGACGUGUGGCAUGCACGACUUGGACACCCAUCUCAUUCAAUCUUUACUACCAUGUUGAAUAAAAAGCUUCAUGCUCAAUUUCCAUUAGCACUUUUACAUCUUGACUUGUGGGGCCCUGCACUGGUUUCCUCAAAUUUUGGAUAUCGUUAUUAUUUGUCCAUUGUUGAUGAUAACACUCGGUUCACUUGGUUAUAUCCUUUGACUAAGAAAUCAGAUGUUCUUCCUACAUUUAUUACAUUCAAGAAGAUGGUGGAAAAUCGUUUUAGUUCCACAAUCAAGCAGUUGCAGAUUGAUGGUGGUGUGGUGGAAAGGAAGCAUCGACAUAUUGUUGCAAUCGGGCUCUGCCUGCUCGCCCAAUCCCAGUUGCCUCCUAGCUUUUGGGUUGAAGCAUUCUCUACUGCCGUUUUUCUGAUCAAUCGCUUGCCAACGCCUCAGCUUCAUAACAUGUCUCCUUAUGAGAAGUUCCUUCAACGUCCACCGGAUUAUAAAUUUCUCAAAAGCUUUGGAUGUGCUUGCUUUCCUCACAUGGUGCCAUACAACAAGCAUAAAUUAUCUUUUAAGUCUAUUCCAUGUGUGUUUCUUGGUUAUGAUGAUCAUUAUAAGGGUUAUCGCUAUCUUGAUCCUUUUUCAGGUUGCAUUUAUAUAUCUCGGAACGUGACCUUUGAUGAGACACGAUUUCCUUACAAACAUCCCCAUAUUACAUCUCCCUUGCACUCAAAUGGGCUUCAAUCUCUCUCUCCUGCCAACCAACCCAUACCUGCUGGUUUCCCUGAUAUCAUGAACAUCCCUUAUCCCUCACCCACUCUUAUUCCAAAUUCUACCCCACUUAACUCCAACACAGGCCCAUCACUUCAUACUACCACCACAGGCCCAACCUUUUCUUCUACCUCUCAAGGCCCCAUAAGCCCGCCUUCUCCAUUAGAAACCCCACUUCCCGUGCCUCAAUUUCCCUCCGCAUCGUCAUCACCACAGGCCACGCAUCCAGCAGAUUCCUCCAUGGCACUCGAUAUCACAACCCCAUCACCACUACCUUCCACCACCCCAACCUCAGAUUUUGACAGAAUCCAAUCCUCAGACUCCAACGACACCACCUCAUUCCCUACCUCGCCUCCUUCUUCUUCACCUAUUGACCCCUCCAUUUUUCCCAACUCUCCUGAUACCCCCAAUCCUCCCAAAAACUUCAAAAGUCUAAACUCCAUCAUCCCAUUUGGUCCAAAAACAAAACCCUUCUACUCUAAGACCAACCCACAUCCUUUACCCCAUGCUCUUUCUGCUGAGGAUGAAUAUUCUGCACUCAUGAAGAACCAUACUUGGUCUUUAGUCCCUGCAACUUCACGUAUGAAUAUUGUGGGGUGCAAGUGGGUCUUCAAAGUUAAACAGAAGGCAGAUGGCUCAGUUGACCGAUACAAGGCUUGUCUUGUUGCCAAGGGAUUCAAUCAGAAAGAAGGCUUUGAUUAUGACGAAACCUUUAGCCCAGUGGUCAAACCGGCUACCAUUCACACUAUUUUAUCUCUGGCUGUUUCUUAUAAUUGGUCCCUUCAGCAACUGGAUGUUCGCAAUGCUUUCUUGAAUGGGUACUUGCAAGAAGAAACACGCUAUGCAGUUGAUUUAUUAAAACGAUUUAAUUUCACUGAGUGCAAACCGUAUCCCGCACCAUUGCCCUCUGACACUCGGCUCUCUUGUCUAGAUGGUGAUCCCUUGCCUGACCCGUCCACCUAUCGGAGUAUGGUGGGUGGCCUCCAAUAUCUUACUUUGUCCAUGCUAGAUAUUUCCUUCGCUGUCAACCAAGUGUGCCAGUUUAUGCACAACCCUCGCACUUCCCACCUUCAAGUUGUCAAGCGCAUUUUUCGAUACAUUAAAGGUACCGUUGAGCAAGGUCUUAUCUUUCACCAAUCCAAUGAUUUUUCCGUACGGAGUUUCUCUGAUGCUGAUUGGGCUGGUUCCGUUAAUGAUCAACGAUCCACCACAGGUGCUUGUAUAUUCUUCGGUCCUAACCUCCUUACAUGGACUGCCAAGAAACAGUCUAUUGUCUCUCGCUCUAGUACUGAAGCCGAAUUAGGGCUCUUGCCCAUACUGUUGCCGAAAUUCGAUGGUUUGGUUACUUGUUUCGUGAACUUGGCAUUCCCAUUCGCUUUGCUCCGUGCAUCUACAUGGCUGCCAAUCCUAUUUUCCAUGCUCGCACUCGGCAUAUUGAGAUUGACUAUCACUUUGUUCGCGAAAUAG